AUGCCCAAGAAUAAGGGUAAAGGAGGUAAAAACAGGCGGAGAGGUAAGAAUGAGAAUGAAUCUGAAAAAAGAGAAUUAGUCUUUAAAGAAGACGGACAAGAGUAUGCUCAGGUCAUCAAAAUGUUGGGGAAUGGACGAUUAGAAGCAAUGUGCUUUGAUGGUGUAAAGAGGUUAUGCCAUAUCAGAGGAAAAUUGAGAAAAAAGGAUAACAAAGCUGAUGUGAUUUUAAAGUACAAUGCGGAUGAAGCUAGAAGUCUGAAAGCAUAUGGUGAGCUGCCAGAACAUGCUAAAAUCAAUGAAACAGAUACAUUUGGUCCUGGAGAUGAUGAAAUCCAGUUUGAUGAUAUUGGAGAUGAUGAUGAAGACAUUGAUGAUCUUGUUGAAGCUCUGAAACUGUAA